UGUUCGUAUCUGACUGACCCCAGCUGACAGUUUCUGUGUUUUACUCAGGUAUCUCCUUCUAAACUGUCAGUAAUGGCAAACGAGGCGGACAGAAGGUGUCAGUUUUAUGUGUGUAAGUGCUUCACCACUGAUAAUAUUUUCCUGGAGGACUACCGGCUCCAUGUCCGUUUCGUGUCGGAGCAGCAGCUCAGACUGGACUACCACAUACUGCUGAAGAAGCUCGGCUGCGACACAGAGGAGCAGUUUGAGGAUGUUCUCAACAAGAUUUUGCAGGAAGUGGACAGGCGAAGGCGACUCAGUGUGACAUCUGCUGAGAGGGCUGCUGCUAUAAAAGACAUGUACCAGCCUCUCCAUCCUCAUGUGUACUAUCUGCAGGAGUCCUACCUCUCUACCAAGCUCAAGCAGAUUGUUGAGUACUGUCGAAGCAGUGGUGCCACUGAAGAUGGUCUCUCAGACUUGUUGGAGGAAGAGGCAGCCCCAAGGGUGUAUCACUUCCCUGUGUUUGAGAAAAGCUUCUGUGAGGAGCUGGUGGAGGAGAUGGAGCACUUUGAGCAGUCUUCAGCCCCUAAAGGAAGACCCAAUACCAUGAACCACUAUGGGAUUCUCCUCAAUGAGCUGGGCUUUGACGAGGGUUUCAUCACACCUCUCCGUGAGCAGUACCUGCAGCCGCUCACCUCCCUGCUGUACCCGGACUGUGGGGGGCGCUGUCUGGACAGCCACAAGGCCUUCGUUGUUAAAUAUGACAUGAAUGAAGACCUGGACUUGAGCUACCACUACGACAAUGCAGAGGUCACUCUAAAUGUUUCACUGGGAAAGGACUUCACUGAGGGGAACCUCUAUUUUGGUGAUAUGAGACAGGUACCAGUAAGUGAGACAGAGUGCUCAGAGGUUGAACACCGGGUGACUGAGGGCCUCCUCCACCGGGGCCAACACAUGCACGGGGCCCUGCCCAUCUCCUCCGGGGUGCGCUGGAACCUCAUAAUUUGGAUGAGAGCCUCUCAAGAACGCAACAAGCUGUGCCCCAUGUGCAACAGGAAGCCGUCGCUGGAGGAAGGAGAGGGCUUCGCUGACGGCUUCACCAAACAGUCCAAAGAUAUAAACACUUCAUGUGUGUUGACGUGAUGAAUCUAGCUGUUAUGUUCUCCUUAACGACUGGACUGGGUGAUUGUAGGAAUUAGACUGAAUUUCAUCGAAUGGCACAUUUUGACUAUUCCAAAUUGGAAUGUUUAAUAUUUAUUUGUACAAUAAAUGAUUAUAAAGGAUUUACAGUUCUAGGUUUUAGACAUUCAAAUAAAUGUCCCAUUUUAACACAAUAACUCCACACAAUAAGGUCAGAAUCCAUAGUAUUCAUCCAACGUGUCAGAUCAAUGCAUCUCUAUAAAAACUGCAGUACAUCAUCUUUUCCCACAGCAGUUUAUCUGUCAGUGGUUGUUGGCAUCUGUCUUUGCCCAUGAAUCUAGAAACUGACACUGCCGAUAUUCAACCAGUACUGUAGUGUUUUGCUAUUGACUACUGUGUUGACUAUUUUUGCAAAAUGUGAUUUAUCAGUGCUUUGGAUCAGGAAGAAUGAAUGUGAUCGCUUAUUUAGCAUGAAAUGAAUUUGCCAAACUAUCGAUUUCUAAGUUGCCAUACAUGUACAGAAAAAAAUUCACUCAUAGUUUGUAAUAAUGGAAGUUUAAUGAAACAAAUUCUGCCAGUUCAUGAAUAUCCUUUCUGUGUGCAGUUCUCGUUAUUGUCUUAUAUGUAGUGCUGUGGUUAAUCAUGUUUUCAUACAGAGUCUUUGGAGGUAGAAACACAAUAUGAGUCUGUCAGCUACAUCCUACAAAAUACAUGGAUGUUUUUCAGAGACAUUAAAACAUCAGGGCCUUUUGGUUGUU